UUCAAGGUUAUAAACCGGAAGUUGUCAUCUGCUUCGAGCACCUGUUCAACUUGUCUCUCUAUCAUAUUCUGGCAUGAUUUGUAUUUUAAUGGGAGUGUGUGGUUCUGGAAAGACUGUAGUUGGAGAAGCAUUAGCAAAAGAGUUGAAUAUUGUGUUUCGUGAUGCUGAUGAAUUUCACUCUGUAGAAAAUAAAACCAAGAUGGCACAGAGUAUCCCAUUAACAGAUGAGGACAGGCUGCCAUGGUUACAAGCUAUAAACAAGUUUAUUCUAAAGAUGAUGGAAACAGGAAACUCUGGUGUAUUAACUUGUUCUGCACUGAAGAAACAAUAUCGACAGAUUCUCUUAGAUGGUUGCAGUGAUUCCUGUAAAAAUGACUGUAGCAAAGUUAUGAUCAUCUAUUUAAAGGGAAGUCAGGAAUGUAUCCAACAAAGGCUGGAGAAAAGAACUGGUCAUUUUAUGCCACCAGCUUUACUUAAGUCUCAGUUCUCCACAUUGGAAGAACCAAAAGCUGAUGAAUCAUUCUGUGUUAAUGUUGAAAUUGAUGAAAAAUCUGUAUCAGAGAUAGUAAAAAACAUUUUAGGGGUAUUAUAAUAAUAAUCCGACUAUGGAUUCAUUAUUAUUUUUAGUGAAGUUUGGGGGUGAAGGUUUACCAUGAUUUUAAUUGCUGAACAAAAAUCAAUUACCUUUAUAUGAUUGUAUACAGAUUAUGUUUAAACUAUGAAAUCCAGUUUCCUCAAUCAACAAAAAAUUUGUGCCAAUCAAAAUAGAUAAAUAAAUCAACAUUUAUAUUAUACCAACUUUCUCAAAUAUUCUUCUCUAUUUAAAAGAUACCGUAAAUUCAGAAACUAUUGCGUGCAUUUAUUAUAGCAAUUUUGUCAUUUUAGACUGAAAUGCGAUUUUAAUUUUUAUGAUUUUGAGAAAAAUCCUGUUAAAUUCAUAUAAAAUAUUUCAAAAUUUGAGUUUUAAUCAUUGCUUGUACAACUCAGUCACAUUUUUCGCAAUAAAAAAAAAUUCUAAAUAUCUGAAUUGUCACAUAAACACAAAAAUCUGACAAAUAUCCAAGUUAAAUAUCUAGUCAGAGUGAGAGAGAUGUUGCAUUUGUCAUUUUCAUUGAUUAUUUAGGUGUUAUCUUGAUGCUCAAGGUAUUUAUUAUUUUUACAUUUUUUGCAAAAACCAUAAAAGAGUGAAAUUAAAUCUACUAAUAAACCAUGAUGGCCUUACUGUUAUAAUGACUCUUAAGUGUUAUUGUCUUUAAAAGAUGGGGUUAAUGCAUUUUUGCAGUAACUAUCAUAGAUAGAAAUUGUAAAUAUCAAAGAUGUUCACCUCAAUAAGAUCUAUGAUUAAGUCAAAUAAGGUUAAACAUUGACAUUGGAGUUAUUUCCCCUUAUUAGCCAUGUUUACCGAUUUUAUAAAUAUUUUGUAGAUUUUUUUAUAAAUUGAGAAUAAGGAUAAAUUGCAAAAAUGUUCAGCAAAAUAAGAUCUUCAUCUAAGAUUGUCAAUUGACCCACGAAUGGAGUUAUAAAUAGCAAUAUUUGACUAGCACAAUUUAAAAAAAAGGUUACUAAAAAUCAGUUCCAAUUCUUUUCAUUUAUAACACAUUUUUUUCAUUUUCAUAAAUAUUGUAAUAAAGUAAUUUGUCCUUGCAUUGUUUCCAUUUCAACUAAUAUGGAUAGUCAAGCAAACAUUUUUUUAUUAGCAUUUUAUGACACCCUAGCUCAUCUUAUGAAAAUUUUUAUGUAGAUGAUACAAUUUAUAAAGAAAAAAAACUACUUUCAAGCAUUAUAGGAACUCCUUAAAUAACCAUAUGUUGAACCCCUGAUUUACAGCCCGGUUAAUGUUUUUCAAACAAUAUGCAAGAAGUGAAUAUUAUUUUUUGUGCAAUAUCAGAUUUAAUUAUUUUAAAUGUAAAAUGUUAACUUGCAGGAGCUGUUAAGGUUCAGGGUAUAUUCAUGAUUAAUCAUUUUCAGAUAGUUUUCAAAGAGAUGUGCAUUUAUUUUUAUGUAUGAUUAUUUUUAAAUCAGAUAAUCCAGAUUUUACUAUACAUUUGUUGAUAAUCUACUGUUAAUUGUUAGUUAUAUACAAGUUUAAAUAAACAUAUAAACACA